AUGCGUGAGGCUCUAAAUAGGGUUUUCCGGACAUACAAGGAAGUUUUUCAUGGAUUCACUUGGAACCGCUCUACUAUUUCAAUUCAAUGGGCCCAACUCCAAAUUCAAUUCAAGAAAACCCAUCCCACAGGCCUCUACAGAUUUUCCCUCCAAAAAGAUCACGCUGCGGAGAUGGAGCCAUGGGAAGGACUGGAUGUAGACGAUUCCGAUCUCCACUCUCUUCUCCGCCCCUGUAAGCGACUCCACCAAAACCCUAAUCCCUCCACAUCUACUUCCACUUCAUCUUCUCCGGCGCUUCUCACGCCGCCUUCUCGAACUCCAGAAUCCUCACAACUACAAAGUUCUCAUAAUCAGUUACAAUCGCCGCCUCAACGCCUCAUUCCCGGGCCGGCAGGUGCCGUACAAUCUGCUAUGCUCCAACGAACUCAAGAUCAUCAAUGUCAUUCUUCCAUUUCCUCUCAAAGGGACAAUCCAAUACCUACGCAAGAGUAUAUUAGGAGAGCCGUCGAAAAUUCUACAGAGUUCGACUACGAUUUCCAAUCCAAUCCAUGGCUUUCCGCUCUUGAGUUUGUUGGUGCGGAGAACGGGAAAAUUCGAUGUACACCAUUGAGCUCUGUCAAUAAAUGCCUAGAAACUGCUAGGGUCGAUCAGGUUGUGGCAGUUGUUAAGUCUUGCACACAGAAUGGUCUUGGCGGUCUGAUGGUGACUUUGAAGGAUCCUACAGGCUCAAUUGGUGCUAGCAUUCAUCACAAAGUACUUGAGGAAAGUCAGCAUGGAAAGGACAUUUGCAUUGGCGCAGUUUUGAUACUGCAAAAGGUUGCAGUGUUUUGCCCUUCAAGCUCAGCACGUUACCUUAACAUAACACUCGCGAACCUGACAAAGGUUUUCUGCAAGGAAAGUGGACCUCCAUUAGUGAACAGCCUAGCCGCAUAUGAACUCAACUACAGUGAUCGUGAAAAUGCAUCAGCCUCUGCUAGAGAAGCUAGUGCACUGCAGAUCAUGGACAAUGUUUCAGUUGAAGAUAUCCUAGAUGAUAGGACCAUAGAGUGCUCUGCAGGUGGAAAUUUUCGUAGUGAGAUUCAAUUGGAGAAGGAAAAUCAACUUCCAGAUAGAAGCUACAUAUGCAACAACAGCAGUGGCUUUAAGAAAACCUCAGUUGAUGACAAAGAAUAUCUCCAGCAGAUACAGAGUAGUGCCAAAGGAUCUGAAGGAACAGUCAGAAACAGAGGCACUUUUAAUGAAGAUAAUAAUCAGCAAAUGGGAGAGAAUUCCCAGGGAAUCCUCACUCCGAGGAACAAAAGAGAGAGUCCAACAAAGAACUACAUUGAUCCAGUAAUUCCAAUUACUAAUGAAGUCAACAAUCAUAGACAGCCAAUUGCUCCGAAAGUGUCACUGCCUGAAUGGACAGAUGAUCAGCUUGAUGAACUGUUUGCCUGUGAGGAUGACGAUGAAUGAACCAUACAAAAAAGUUUGGUCCCUUUUUGUUUAGGUUGAUGCUAUUUCCAGUUAACUCUAACAGUAGUUCUCAAGAUUCCUGUAAAGUUUGAUCUAGUUCCCCUCCUGUUUUGACAUUAUCAACAGAUGGAAAGUAUACUAAAGAGCUUUAUACUA